CCAACACCGUAUAUUCAUCUUUCGACAUUCACUUCUUCUGUUCCUUUCUCUUGAUUCUCUUCUCUGCAAACCUCAUAUUCCUUCAAGAUAUAUCACUUUGACAGCGCUCAUCAGCCAGUUCAACCACAGACCUCUCAUCAAACCACCUUCGAUCUACCUCUCCAUCCCUCGAAAUGGCGGACUCCGAUAACGUUCCCGGAGAAGCCCCCGCGCCGGUCGAGCACCUGAACAUCAAGGUCACGGACAACAACAACGAAGUCUUCUUCAAGAUCAAGCGGUCCACGCAGCUCAAGAAGUUGAUGGACGCGUUCUGCGAUAGACAGGGCAAGCAGAUGUCGACCGUCCGCUUCCUCUUCGACGGGACUCGCGUACGACCUGAAGAUACCCCCGAUACGCUCGAAAUGGCCGACGGCGAUACCCUCGAAGUCCACCAGGAGCAAAUCGGCGGGUAGAAAACAGAAAGCGAAAACGAGAAACGAACGAAAGAAAGAAAGAAAGACAAGACGUCACGACAUCAGAACCGUUGGUUUCUGGAGUUCAAUUCUUGAAUAAAUUGCGUUGAUUCCUCCCGUCGUGUGUCUGUCUUGUGCUGCUCGUCUCUACUAUCGUCACCUUGUUUUUUAUUUUCUCCUUUUGAUGUCCCUUAACCUUACGAUUUCCAGUCCAAUCUUUUUUUAUUCUUAUUUUCUUUCCCCUGCCGCAUAUGAGAUCAGGCGCACGGGUGUACCUACAGCGGUAAAUAGGUGGAGAAAGAGAGACGAGCACUACACUACUUGGCCAUACGAAGUAGCUGUGAACAGGCAAAUAGUUAUGAAUUGAACUUCCAUUAUCAAUCUACAUAC